UUUCGAUUUAUAUAAUUUUGGAUUGUUUUACGUCCUUUUCCACAAAAGAAAAAAAUAGAGCACAGGAGUACUGAGUCUAUGUCCACUUGACGUAGGACUACCUCUCAGCAUAACAAAAAUAGUAACUUUAAGUCUCGUUGCCAGCGGCGCUGCAGGCCACGAUUAGAUGCUAUCUCACACAGUGCCGUUAGCUGUCCUUGAUUCGUACGUCUCAGUGCCGCCCCCGGUUUUAACAGUCUAGGCAUGAAUCAUAGAACAGUUUGUGUGACUGGCAUCCCAACACAGUUUCCACAGGAAAGGAUACAAGACAAGCUCUUUAUCCAUUUUCUGCGCUCAAGAAAUGGAGGAGGAGAAAUUGUUGAUAUUACUUUUCUACCAGAAGACCCAUCUGCUGCCCUAAUUACCUUUGAAAAAGCUGAAGUGGCACAGCAGGUCCUUCGAACUGGGACGCAUACUUUGUCAGCAUUUAACAAGGAGUACACAUUGACUGCGAAGCCAUAUUACACUGAAGUCAAGCCAGAUGAGAUUUUUUUGAGAGUAUCUAUGGCCAUAAAUUAUGGAAAACUUCCUGAUGGCAAAAGAACUAUGAAAAAUCUUAAGAAAAUCUUCAAGGAUGUCCAUGUCAGUUUUGACACUAAAGAACAACUUUGCCUUGUGAAGGGAGCAUACACAGAUCUGCAGGAACUAAGCAAAGAAAUUUUACAUAUUUUAGAUCCAGAAAAACGAAGCAGGCACACUUCUGAAAAAGAACACACUGUAAACAACACAUUUCAUAGCAGGAAGGAUGUAGAGAUUUUAAGAAAGUCUCGCUCACUUACAAGCCCAAAAGAACAUGACCAGCUGUCGGAUAUUGAACUUGAACUGAAAGGUACAGAAAGUUUGCUUAAUGAUUCCAUGGAAACGUUAACUGAUGAACAGGAACAUGAUGGAUCUGUUGAAGGCACUGAAGGCUUGAUAAUGGAUUCAGAUAUUUACACGUACAUGCUGACUUUUCAUAAAGAUAAGUACCAGCAGAUCUUGUACAGUCACAGAGUGGAGGUUGUAGAUGUUACCAAUAGUGGUAUUACAACACUGUUCUUGCAAGUUGAUUCUGAAUGCAGUGGUAGUGGAACUGCAUUGAGAAAAGCACGUCAAGAACUGCAAGACCUUUAUCAAGACCUGGAGUGCACACUUCGCAAAGAGCAGUUAAGCAAAGUAGACUUGGCAUACGAUGAACAUUGUACAAAUGAUGUGACUAAUAACAUUAAGAUUAUUUUCCCUCAAGUUCUUUUGCAUGAAGAUGAAAAGUAUUUAUAUGUCAUAGGCAGCUCUAAGGAUGUUUCUCAAGUCAAACAGGUUUUCUUCGACUUGCAUAUUAAAGCUGAUGUUUCAAAAUUCCCAGCAAGAGAGACAUCUUUGCAUGCAGUUGGCAGUAAUGUUAGCAACAGGAGUGAAGAUGAACUGAGGCUUGAUCAACAACUUAAGAAUAACAAUUCUUCCCCAAGCUCUAGUAUUCAUAAAGAUACAAAAUUAGCAGCCAUGCUUAGUGCCUCCUUAUCAGAGAUCCAGACAUGUAGAUCAAAAUCUAUAGUCUCUGAAAAUGAUUUUCUGACACCAGCGAAAAACUCUGUCACACAAAGCAGCAUCAAGAAAGAAAAUCAGAAUAAUGACUGUAUCUCUCAGAGACAGACAGAAUUAGAUUUUCAAGUACAGCCUCAGACAGAUAAUGAUGUCACUGGUGAUAUGAGCUCACCCCUUGAUCUUCAAAUAAAUGAAGACUUCAGAACAUUCAAUAAACCCAAUGAAGAUGUAGUUUUUAAAAAAUUAGAUAUGUUUUCCACUGGACUUAAAGGAAUUGUCAGCAAGUCCUUGCAGCCAUUGAAGACCACUAGAAGCCCUGGCCCAAUAAAACCCUACAAGAUCAAUGGUUUUUCAGAUUUUAUUCCCCACUUAGAUUUGAAAGAUGGAACACAGUCCUUCAGAGCCGAAGAUUCUAAUAAAGUAACAGCAGGCUUUGAACAUAAAAAUACAAUUAAGAGGGCAAACAGUUUUUCUGGAGUUCUCAAGUCAGAAGAAAACAAAAGUGUUGGCUUUACUCAGGUAGUUAAAACCCAUACAGAAGAGCUGCUUCUGGAUGCACAUGUUUGGUUGUAUUUAAAAUUCAUUUAUUCAGACCUCAUAAAGUCCAUCUAUAGCAAAGAUGGAGUUGAGACAACUGAAGAGCAAUUUAAAGAUGUGGCAGUGUUGAAAUUUAGAGGACAAAAUAAAGUGACUGUUAGUUCAGCCAAAAUGGGAAUUCUUUCACUUUAUCUCAAGGAAUAUAAAGAUCUUGGAUUUUGUCGCAUUAGCUAUUCUCAGCUCAACAUUGAAAGCUCCGCUGAUAAGAUAUUAGAUAAAUGGUGUAGAGAUUUACAGAAUAGUUAUGAAAAAGUAAAAAUAGACAAAGGCAUAGAUUGUUUAGAGAUAACUGGACCAAAUUCACAGUGCUGGAAGGUGAAAGAUGAAAUUACAGGCCUUUCAAAAAAUAGAAUGUACUGUAUGCGCCAAGUAGAAACAGCUGCUGGGAUCAGUCAUAAUAUGGAACUGUCUGAAAAGUAUCAUGUCAAAGAAUAUACAAGUUCCAGCAGUUUGACUGCAUUUCAGGAAGACCAAGAGCAUAAUUUAGAUAAAAAACUGAACACAACAGAACCUGUUUCUCAUCACACUGACAUUUUAAAUGCAUUUCACACUCAGUCCUCUGCAGAAGACAUAGAAAAUGGAACCAGUUUAAAAGACAUCAAUACAAAAGAGAGUUCUGUUAUUUCUCCUGGUGCUGAGCUCAUAGAAGUGUCAUCUGCACAAAAAAGAGCUACAAAAAAUGCUCAAAGGAACAGUACUUCUCAGGCUCCAGAUGAGCUGUUGACUGAAAAUGUUAAACAGCAUGUAUCUAGGGAGACUUAUGAUGCUUCCAAUAAUUCUGCAAAAAACGUGCAUCAUUUUAUAGCUCAAAACCAGAAAAGUGUUUCAGGUCAGGAAAGUUUUAGUUCAGAAAAUAUUAUUGGAAAGUCAGAUGCCAAAGAACAGAACUGGACUGCAAAGCAGAUGUCUGAGCUGAAUUUGCCCCUUUCAGACAAGGCCCUGCCAGAACAAUUAUUUUGUCUCAAUAACAAAAAGAUUAAUGACAGUACUGAAGAAAGAGAAGGUAUAAGACUGAGAUCAUCAAGAAUAGACAGUGGUCCUCAGUCCUUACCAGUUUGUCUUACUAGUACUCAGUAUACUCAUUCUGUGCCCAGAACCACUGCUGCACGGUCAGCUUUGCUUUCAGUAUUGACAUCUCAUGACCAUAUGAAGCUGGAAGAACAUAGUAGUAUGAAUAAUGAUGUCCGAUUACAGGAUCAGCAAAUUCAAUUUAAGCUUCGACCUAGAAGCCCAGCAGUGGGUGAAGAUGCACAAGACCUUCAAGUGUCCAGGUGCUUGAAUUGUAGGAAACAGAACUUCACCUCGACAGAACCAAUCUGCUCUUCAUGCACCAGUGCUUCUCUGUUGGCUAACAGUUGUGAUGGUAUUAAAGGAAGAAUGAUCGCUACUCCACUGUCCUUCAGUCUUCCUGGUUAUGGCAAAGACCCAGCAUUGAAAAUAACUUAUGAAAUUCCAGAUGGUACCCAAGGGGCAAAUGAUCCAAAACCAGGAGCAUCCUUCACAGGUGGACGAUUUGAAGCCUAUUUGCCAUUCAACAAGGAAGGGGAGAUGGUAUAUCGCCUUUUGAAGAAAGCAUUUGAAAAAGGACUUAUUUUCAAGUAUUGGGAUGAUAGUGUGGUCCUAGGCAACAUUCCUCUUAAGACAUCAAUUGAUGGUGGAAAAUCUAAGAAUGGUUACCCAGAUUCCAGCUAUCUCAGAAACGUUUGUGACGCUCUGAAGAACUUGGGUUUGGAGUGAAUGAGCAGAGCAUUUAGUGUACAACAGUCUUCUGCUGAGUUUCUUUCGUGGCACUCUGAAGCCCUCUGACACAGACAGAUCUUUGCUGCUGCAGGGGACAAUACCAGCCACUGCAGUUUUAAAUCCUGUUUUGUUAAUUACUAUGGAUUGUUCCUGCACUUUCAGUAUGUUUUUGCCAUGAUAAAAAAAGGAACUGAUUCUAGUCUGUAACAAAACUGUUGGAAUGAAUGUUUAACAUGUUGUCUUCUGACAAUGAAGGCUUGCCUUCUUUACUGAACAACUUAAGAUUCUAGUAUACUAAUUUCUGCCUCUCUCUCUCUUGUGGUACUUGUGGUUAUCUUUAUACAGAUGUGUGCUUCCAGUGAAAAUGAAAGCUGGUUUAUUAAAAGGGGCAUUAUAUGAAAGUAUAUAUUCGGAACAGCAUGUAUUUUAAUUGCACAUCACGCACGAGGAUGAAAGAUUUUAAAUUAUAAAUCAUUUCAGCAAGCUGGGUUUUGUAUUAGCAUUGGUUUGUUUUAUAUACAGAUUUUUCCCUAACUGGCAUUUUCAUUUUCCAGUGAAAUUCACACCACUGCCCUAGUUCAUGGAAUUUAACGUCUUUGAGUAUAAUAUCUAAAGAUAUGGAAAACGAAGAAAGGUUAUAUUGGCAGCUUUUCCCAAUGUAUAUUUACAGGUUGCACACAUAGUAUUGUGGUAUUUAUGGUAUACCGCUGGUUUCAGAAGUAAUACAGUUAGUGAAAUAUUGUUCCAGCUACAGCACCAGUGCUAUAGUAUUCUGAAUUAAGUCCUCGGUUUAUUUCUGCAAACAAAUUACUUGAAAAUUCUCUGCACUCAGUAUGACAUUGUUUAUAAAGCUUGUGGUAGGGAUCUGGCCAGAUGUAGCUACCCUGAAAGUAGUCAUUCCCCUUUUGCAAAAUUUGCUUAGACUGAGUAUUUCAUGGGUUAGCUUGUCCACAUAAUGAAAGUUUUGGUGCUUGCUUGACUUCUCUAAAAAUAAAAAAAUAAGUAAUCAGGAAUGCUAGAUCCGUACUACAAAGUUUGUACUUCAGUACUGAAAAUGAACUUGAUCAAGUCAGUGGCUGUAAAAUUGCUCAAUAGAGAAUAAGAUACUUGGGGUAGUAGUAAAGGAGUCCACUUUGAAGAAUGAAGUAUUACUGGAUGAGUACUGCAGACUUCAAUACUGGCUUCUUUCUUUUUAUUUUAUCUAUAGGGUGCAUCAAAGACAUUUGGAGGGAAAAGUUCCUACAUGUGGCACACACAUUUUGAUGCCAUGUAAUAUACAGGGGGUGCCGAAAGGAUAACAAGGAAGUUGAUAAGGUUGCAGAAGGAUUUGAAAUAUGGCUUCAUUGGCUUCGGAGCGUUGAACUUUAAAGAAGUCCACAGCAGAUGAACUGUAAUAGCAGUAAAAUGUAGAAAGGGGCUAGGUUGAUCCCAUUGGAUAACUUCGAGGUAACCAAGCACUCUGAGAAGGCAGCAAAGGUGUGUGAGCAUACAAAGAUAGGCAGCAAAGGUGUGUGAGCAUACAAAGAUGCAUAAGGAAAACCUAAGUAGCUGGAAGUAUUAAACACAGAUUGUUUAUGCCACCAUAUCCAUAUGCAGUAUACAUUUAUGCAAACUACUACUUUACAAGGUCACAGAAUAUGACAGUUUAGAGCAGGACAAAAAUAUGGAAAGUCUAUAUCAAGACCCAUCUGAAAAAAAGAAGAGUAAAAAGGAAGUAAAUAUAGUUAUCCUCAUUUCAAAGACCUCACAGCUGUCACUGAGGCCCAGUAUAGUAGACGUUGUCAAAAAAGUAGUGUGUGAUGAAGACUCAACUUGAUAUUAGACAAUGGAAAUGUAUGGAUAGAAUGAGAACAGACUUGUCUUAGAGAGAGGGCAAUGAAUGUGUUAAAUAAACUUCCCAAGACGUUAUGUUACUAAAUCACCUGGCAAACAGCAUCUGAGAACACUUCUCAGGGCACGUGCAGAGUUUGAAUUUAUUACAUGAUUUUGAUAACUGCUGUUGCUAUUUUGUGAAUGCUGGAUGGAGUCAAACCUCCUUUCUCAAAACCUUGAUGGGAGUUUGACUUUAUGAAUUAAUUUUGCCUUAUUUGAUAGUUGUCAAUUCAAGUUAUUGUAUGUUAUGUUAAUGUCUGUUCAUCAUCUUCAUUUUAUAUAGACUGUGGCUUUGAGUUAUGUCUGACAAUGUUCUACUGGACCAAACCAAUUACUAAAUUAACAAGUGAAUGCACAAGUAAUAAUAAUAUGGCUCAGGAAUGGAAAGAACAGGUGUAAUAAAGUUAUAGGUGUGGAUGUUGAGCAUUAGAUAUACACUGAUUUAGAUAUGCAUCCUCUCCUGUGUGGAGAGCAAAAGGCAGACUGGACAGACAAGUAAUUCUUCCUCUGUCAUCAGUUUUGUGCUCUCUUUCAGCACUUAGUGGAGUGAAAACUAGAUUUCCAGGUGAAAAAUACUAGUAUUCAA